GGGAACGCGACCCCUGGGUCUAUGAAGAUUUCUUUCUGUGGAAGCGUUAGCAAGGAUAAACAAGACCACAAUGAAACGUGAAGCAUUUUUACAAGCUGUGUCUAAAAAGUCAAUUGAGGACUUCUUGCGUUUUACUCAAAUUUCUAAAGAUACAUUUGAUCCUUUCAAUCUGAAUGAAUUACUUCAAGAAUUGUCAAGAAAACAAAAAGAAGUACUAUGGGAGAGACUGAGACACCUGUUGAAAGAGACCUUGAUGGAGAAGCCUGUAGAAACGUGGCAAAGGGUAGAAGAUGCUGAAAGUAAUGAUGGCAUGGAAGUCGACAGUGCUCCAGAAAUGAAACAAACUGUAGCUGUGAUCCAUGGAGUGACAGCUGUAGUUAUCACUUCCAUACCCGUAGUGGAUGAAACUGUGAACUACAAAGCUCUUCUAGAAUGUGCCUUUAUAUUAAAUGGUAUUGUUCCUGCAUUACCUGAAUCUGAAAAUGUCCUACAGAGUGCCAUCCAGCGUGUGUGUGAAAUGUGGUGGGAGAAAGGACUGGAAGGAAAGGAGCAGCUAGGGAAAACAGUAUUUAUUUUACUGUUAAGAAAAAGUCUGAGUAAAGCUGCUACGGGCGUAGACAUCGUUAGUCUGUGGAAACUACAUCAGACCUUACUUUGUUUUGAUUAUGAUUCAGAGGACAGUAAUGAAAUCAAAGACCUGUUACUUCAGUGUUUCAUGAGUGUAAAGCACAUCAAAAAAGAAGAGGGAAGAAGAAUUUUGAGCUUUUUCUUCAGCUGGAAUGUCAACUUCAUUAAAAUGAUACACGGAACUGUUAAGAACCAAUUACAGUUCUUUCCAAGAUCCUUGAUGGAAUACAUUUCAGAAAUUUACUUCAGAGCAUGGAAGAAGGUAUCAGGAGAAGCUUUAGAGAUACUUGAACACAAUUGUAUUCAGGAUUUCAUGCACCAUGGAAUUCAUCUUCCCAGAAGUUCUUCUGUUUAUUCUAAAGUUAGAGAGAUGCUGAGUUAUUUUCAUAAACAAAGUAAAGUUCGUCAAGGAGUUGAAGAAAUGCUCUGUCGGUUGUAUAAACCCAUCCUUUGGAGAGCACUAAAGGCAAGAAACUCAGAAGUUCGAUCGAAUGCAGCAUUUUUGUUUAUUGAUGCUUUUCCUAUUCGUGAUCCUAGUUGUAACACUGAAGAAAUGGAUGCUGAAAUUCAGAAACAGUUUGAAGAACUUUUUAGCCUCUUGGAAGAUCCUCAUCCAGUUGUCCGCUCUACAGGGAUACUUGGAGUUAGUCAGAUAACAUCCAAAUACUGGGAGAUGAUUCCUCCAACAGUUAUUACUGACCUUUUAAAAAAGCUAAUUGAAGAGCUGGCGUGUGAUGUAACAUCUGCUGACGUUCGAUGCUCGGUUUUUAAAUGUCUACCGAUAACUUUGGACAACAAAUUAAGUCAUCCAUUGCUGGAGCAGCUCCUGCCAACAGUUAAACACAGCCUUCAUGACAAUUCAGAGAAAGUGCGAGUGGCUUUUGUAGAUAUGCUGCUGAAAAUAAAGGCUACGAAGGCAGCAAAGUUCUGGAAGAUCUGUCCCAUGGAGCACCUCCUGGCUCGCCUCGAGGUUGAUUCGCGGCCCGUGUCGCGGCGCAUUGUCAAUCUCUUAUUCAACUCCUUCCUGCCUGUGAACCAGCCUGAGGAUGUGUGGUGUGAGCGCUGUGUUACUUUGAUCCAGAUGAAUUCAGCAGCAGCUAGAAAGUUCUAUCAAUAUGCUUAUGAGUAUACUGCUCCCACUAAUAUAGCUAAAUUGAUGCUAACUAUUCGACGCUGCUUGAAUGCCUGCAUCCAGAAAGCAGUGAAAGAGAGUUUUGAUGAUGAUGGUGAAGAUGAAGGUGAAAAGGAGAACCUAAGUGUGUUGAAUGAUGUGCUGUCAAUAAAUGACAUGGCCAGCAUGGCGAGUUUAUUGGAGAUUACAGUGAUUCUCUGGAGAAGUAUUCACAAAGCGUUGGAUCACAAUGAAGAUGCCAAAGAUUACACCAUCAGAAAAUUUGCUUCUGUACUUCCUGAGUAUUUAAAAGUAUUUAAGGAUGACCGUUGCACAACUCCAUUGGUUAUUCUGGCAUCCUUUAUGCCCCCUGCUGCUAUUCCUACUUUCAGCUGUGGUGUGAUCUCCAAACUCAGAAACAUUGACAGUGGAGCUGACCAAAGCAAAUACUCUACCCUGAUAGACUGUAUGUGUCGCUGGGGUCAAGUGGGUCAUGUGUUGGAACUGGCCUGUGACUGGCUGUCAGACAUGCUAACCCCAAAAAAGAAUGUUAAAACAUCGGAACGGCGCGUACGUAUCCAUGUGACACAUGAAUCGAAGCCAGAAUUAGCACUUGAUUACAUUGAAUAUUUAUUGACUCAUCCUGUCAAUCGUGGUUGCCUCCUCUCCGUUCCUAAAAAGAAACUGAACCAUCUUCUGAAAGUUCUCAGUGCUGCUAAGGAGAUUCUUGGCUCAGUUCUGAAAACAGCUGAUACAAAUCGUGGUAGCUGCAAUCAAAGAACUGGCUUAAGAGCCUUCAGCCUAUGUUGCAGGUUGAGUAUUCAUCUUCAAAACAAGUUUUCUGAAGAAGGAAAAGAUUAUCUGUCACAUCUGCAGGAGACAGGGGCUUGGGUAGAAAGUCACGUUUUACCUUAUAUACUAGCAACUGAACAAGAGGAUGGAAUUGCAAAACAGAGUAAUGUUCCUGAAUUAAUUAUCCAGGACUAUCUGUCAGUCUGCAAAGAUGUCAUAAUGGUUGGUCUCGGAAACGUCAAGUUUCAACUGUACUUUUUAGAUGUGGCACUUUCAGUUAUACAAACAGCCAGGGGUGGCUUUUGUGCACCUGUGCUGCUGUGUGCACUAAAAGAAAUUACUGAAGCUUCUGUGACUCAGAGCACUGAGGUGGAUGAAGUAGCCCAGGUCCUCCAUGCUGUACAGAGCAUCUUCCAGAAGGUUUUAGAAUGUGUUGCAAGCAGAGUCAAGGAACAGAAUGGAGAAGGGAUUCAGUUGAUUCAGUCUGUUCAAACACCUCUCGGAGAUUUCUUACACGCAGUCCAAUGCUGGCAUUCACUUUGCCCUGCAGUUCACCAGAGUGUGUUCUCCACUCUCCUAGCUGCAAUACUGGCAGAGAUAAAGUAUACACUACAGGAGGCUUCCGGUGAAGAAGCUUUCACGAUACCAAGGACAGUUUCAGACCUUCCGCCUCUUUCAAGCAGCUUAAUGGCAAUAAUUAUGAAGUCUGUUAAUGUGGUCAGGUCAUUUUUAAAUGAAUUACUGGAAUGCAUUCUAUCUGAAGAAAUUGAAGGGAUUUUUAGUCUUACAUCUGUGGUCUGCACUGUGAUUGUAAUUAAAGGUAAGCACAAAACAUCACUUCUAAAAGAUGUUGCACCUGUCAUUCAGAGAAAGCUUAUGACCUACAAGGAAGCUGCCACAGAAGAAUUUAGCAGUACUGAAAGAAUAAUGUAUGAAUCAUCUCAGAAAAUUUUGGAUGAACUCCUGAAUCCUUGACCAUGUGGAAGCUGUUGUCAUAAAAUCUGAAAGGAGAUAUAUUGUUUAAAGGAAAAUAUCAUAUUGUAAAUUUAUUAAUAGCUAAGAUUUAUUUUCUGCUAUUCUGUACAGUUAAAGCAGGCAAAAAGUAUUUAAGUGUAUAUAGAAAACAUGUGGUAUUAAAGAUUGCCAAAGACCUUUA